GAUGGGCGGGCUGCAGUCUCCCAUCAUGCAGGCCAAUAACAGGACGGAGUUGCUUGGCAGGCAGCUGCUGGACUGUUGCGUAAGCUGACUGCAAGUCCACUCACUUAUCGAUUUGUCUCCUCACGAUGGCAGCUGCGAAGAAAGUGUGCAUCAUCGGAUCUGGAAAUUGGGGCUCUGCCAUUGCCAAGAUAGUGGGUUCCAAUGCCGCUCACAAUUCCAAAUUUGACAACAAAGUAAAAAUGUGGGUGUUUGAGGAGAUGGUGAACGGGCGCAAACUGACUGAAAUAAUCAACAGUGACCAUGAGAAUGUCAAGUACCUUCCCGGACACAAACUACCUGCAAAUGUGCUGGCCGUACCAGACCUGGUAGAAGCAUCCAGUGAUGCAGACAUUCUGGUGUUUGUCAUCCCACACCAGUUUAUUGGCAGAGUGUGUGACACCAUGAAGGGAAAAAUAAAGAAGGAUGCGCUGGGGAUUUCCCUUAUCAAGGGUGUUGACGAGGGCCCUGAUGGCCUCAAACUCAUUUCUGAUGUGAUCCAAGAGAAGCUGGGCAUUGCUAUGAGUGUGCUGAUGGGAGCAAACAUUGCCAAUGAAGUUGCUGAUGAAAAAUUUUGUGAGACCACCAUUGGAUGCAAGAAUAAAAACCACGGGGCUCUUUUAAAAGAACUCAUGCAAACCAACAACUUCCGUGUAACUGUAGUGGAAGAGCAUGACGUGGUGGAAAUCUGUGGCGCUUUAAAGAACAUUGUUGCCGUGGGGGCAGGUUUCUGUGAUGGUCUGGGUUUCGGCGAUAACACAAAAGCAGCAGUGAUCCGGUUAGGUUUGAUGGAGAUGAUCGCGUUUGCUCGCAUUUUCUGCACAGCCGGACCAGUGUCCUCUGCAACCUUUCUGGAAAGCUGUGGCGUGGCUGAUCUCAUUACAACCUGCUACGGCGGCCGCAAUCGCAAAGUAGCUGAAGCCUUUGUAAAGACAGGAAAGUCUAUUGAGGAAUUGGAGAAAGAGAUGCUGAAUGGUCAGAAGCUGCAAGGACCAGCGACUGCAGCUGAAGUCUAUCUCAUCCUCAAGCACAAAGACUUGGUUGACAAGUUCCCACUGUUCAAUGCUGUGUAUCACAUUUGCUACAAGGCCCACCCAGUCACAGAGUUUAUCAGCUGCUUGCAGAACCAUCCAGAGCACAUGUAAAACACAAAAAAACUGACCAAGUGCCUUCUACAUGGAGAACGUUACCGCCUGUCAUCCGUUACUCAGCAGCAGCCGACUAGUCACUCCACGGCUGUCAUGCAUUAGCGAGUGAGUGACUCCACGGAGAUAUUGCACGACUUUUGUGAUUUUAGUCAACCACUUUGUCCUUAACUGUGUAAAGUGCGUCUUCAUUUCAUUUCAUCAUGCUGACUGACACUUGAAGGAUCUGUUGUCUUUUUAAAUUCCUCAAUAUUCACAUGGCGUUCAAGCUAAACUUAAAUGCAAAAUGCAUUACAUAACACGAUAAUUUAAUUUUAACCUCAAGGAGAUGCAGCCUGUUUUAGUUAUGCUGAGAUUGCCCUUCACAUGUUAAUAGUCAAAUGUUAGUGGGCCAACAAAACAUGCAUUCAAACUUUAUGGACAAGCUCUAACUCAGCCUUCAAUGGUGGAAAAAAUAUUUGUAAUCUAUUCUAAUAUUGUUGUCUAUUACCAAAUAAUUUUGGAUCAAAAUGUAAUAUCCUGUUUGUCUUUGUAAGCUUUUAGUGUCUUAAAUAACUUCCUGUCUGUACUGUAUACCACUCAUGCACGCAGAAAUAUUGACAAAUGCAAGUGCCUUAGUAUGCACGGUUGCUACAUACAGUAAGUUUUGGCUUCUGCGUUUUGACAGACCAAAGACUUGCUUCUAAAAUCUCCGUCCAUUUAUGAAUAUGACCGCCUAACAGCUUGUGUGUUGAAAUGUUAUGUCAACAGUUGUCUGUGAAUAAACUGCCAUCUAAGUUGAACAACUGCACCCAAGUGUGGAAAUACUUCAAACACAUCUGAAGAGGAAAUUAUUUUGGAAUCAUUUAUUGUAGAACCAAAAUAGAUGUUUGAAGCCUUUUGGGGAUUCAUGUGGUUCACUUGCAAGAUUGAUGCUGAUUAAUAUAAUAAUUUUCUGGUACCAUAAAUUAUACGUAAGUAGUUUAUUACAUGGUAGUAUUACUAGCAUUACAUGUGGAUAACAGUAGUAAACAAUUGGUCGUUACAAAAAGACAUUCAGUGGUAACAUGUCUCGACCUGAUGUCUUUUUUAUGUCCCAGAUAUGGAAUGAACUUUAACUUGAAUAAACCUGUAAAAUGUCAACAAAAAGGGAAUGAGUCAGAGGGAGGAAACUAAAAAAAAGUCUUGGUUUUUUUAAUCCUUGAGGACACUUAAGAUUAUUACAAUACAAAUGCUGAAACUGGCUGUCUUAAACUUAAGUGUUUAUUUACAACAGCUACAAUGUGCUUGGUCCCAGGCAGAAAAGGCAAGAAACAAUACAAGUUCCACUAGAAUAAAUUGUAGUCAAAGCAUUAUAGUAUUAGAAUUAUAAUGGUAAUGUUUGCUUGUGUACAACUGAUAACUGAUAAAUGAGCUUGACAACUGAUAAAUGAGCGUGUAGAAGCUCAUGAAAAUGUAAAAAAAAAAAAAAAGCUUGAUUUGCUUUGCUCAAUUAAACUGACUGGGCCUCACAAAUUAAUAAAUUAUAAAAA